AUGGGAUAAUCCGAAUCAUUGCAAACAAACUCAAAUUAUUCUUUAUUCUUUAAAACAUUCUCAAGCCAAUUCAAACCAAUUGAAUCAAAAAAUGAAAUUUAAAGUGGAUAAAUCUAUGUCAAUGAGGCAAAUCAAGAAAUGGUUAUUGAAAUCCCAUAUAGAAUUUUCAAUCAUGAAUCCGAUGAACCUUGGUAAAAAUCAUAGAUUAUGAUUAAAAAAAUUUAAGCUCCAUACAUUAUAGAUUAUUUUGGAAGUAUUGAAAAGUAAACUUCUGAAAUAUGUUCAACCUCCUCAAUUAUUUUAAGUUAUUUUGAAUACAUACCUCAUAAUUUAGAAAAGUAUUUGAUUUUAUUAAAUUAGAGAAAUAUUAUAGAGAAAGUAACAUUAAGAAGCAUUUUCUGAAAAAGAAAUUUGGUAUUUUUUAUGGUCAAUUUCCUAAGCUCUAUAUGAUUUAAAGUAAAAAGGAUACUAUCAUAAAGAUUUAAGACCAGCUACAAUUGCUUUAAAAUCAAAUGGAUAAAUAAAGUUAUGUCCUAUAGGUAUUUUACUUGAUUAAGACAAUUCAAUCAAUAAAUAUAUCGAUAAUAAAUUAGAAUCAUCCAUCCCUCCUACUCUUAAAAAACAAUUAUCACAAAAUUAGCAGCCAAAAAUCUAAUGGAAUUUAAUUGAUGCUUAUGCUUUAGGCCAAACUAUGCUAGAUUUGAUGAUACUAAAUUUGAAUAAUAAUAUUGAUGAAUAACAAAUUAUAGAAUUGUAAAAUUAAUGCUAUAAUCAUUAUUCAAUAUAACUUAUUCGAAUUAUGGAGUUACUUAUGUCAGAAUCAGAAAAUUAAUUAAUUAUAGAUGAUGUUUAUUAUAUCCUAAAGCCAUAUAAUAAUAAAAUUAUCAACUUUUAAGAUUUUAAGAUAUUAUAUGAAGAAGUAAAACAACAAUCACUUCAUUUGAAUAAUACUUUGAAAUGUAAAUCAGUAAUUGAAAGUUUUCCACAUAGAUAUACUCAUCUAACUAAAUCAUCAUAACAUUAAAGAGCAUAGUCAGAAAUUAUUUAUGAAACUCAAUAAUACUAAUAAUAAUCAAUCAAGGUAGAAACUUAAUAAUUAAAAUAAUAAAUUUAACCAAAAUUAUUCAAUAAUUUGGAAUCAGAAAGAUCUUAAUCUAGAAUUAAUCACUAAAAUAAUGAUACAGUUUCAUAUAAAAUAGCAAGAUAAGAUAUUUUCCCCUAAGAAAAAGAACCUUAAUUUAGAGUUUAAGAUAUAUGUGUUAAUCAAUAAUAAUUAUCAAUACCUAAUUAAUAACCUAAAUUACUUUAAAAAAUACUAUUAUAAUCAUAAUUAGUACCAUCAACUUAAUAACCAUAAUAACAUAUCCCAUCACAUUUCCCAUAAACAUCUCCUAUAAUCUAUGGAUCGUAAUCUCAUAAUUAGGCAUCACCUUAAAUUUAAAGCAGUUCUAAUGUUAUUGUAGGUCCAUCCCCUACUAUUCUAGAUUAACCCAUUGAUCCUUCAUUAUUGUAAAAAACAUCCAUAAUGCCAAUAAGCUCUAAAUUUAUCUAACCAUCGGUAGUAAUACCGAAAGCAGAAAUUUAAUAUGGAAGUUUACCUUAAAUUAAUCCUAAUUAAAUUAUAAAUAGAACAGCCAAAACAAUAAACCCUUCCAAUCAUGUAAACCCAACAGAAUAUACUAUUGAUACCUAAAACUAAUAAUAUCAUUUUUAAAUUCCCCUUUAAAAUGUACCUUAUUAGGCAAGUAAUUACAAUUUUAAUCUACCAAAUUAACAAAUAAAUUCAAUUCCUUAAACCUAGACUCAAAAUUAAAACUUCACUACACCAAUUUAACCCCACAAAAUAACAAAUUUACCAUUAAAGUCUUCUAAUUUGAUGUAUUCUUAAACUCAGUAACCAAAUCAAACUAAAUAAGCCCCAAUAGAUAAUUUUAAACAAUAAUACAACAAUUUUGAUAGAAUUUAAAAUGUACUUAGAGACUCUGAGGAUCUAUUGUAAUAAAUUAAUAAAUAAUGA